UUCACUACAUUUUUUAAUCUUUUUCAUCAUUGAACAAUAUUAUUUUAUUAUUGCACAGCUUUAUUUUGACUUAGCACUGUAAUUGAUAACAUUAUAUUAAAUGACUUUUCAAGUAUAAAUUUUAACAUUGCUUUCAUUGAGUACCUCAAGAAUCGUUUAUUAACAUUGCAUAGAAAUAAUAAUUUGUGAAAUUUCAAGAUCGCAAGAUUGACAAAAGUAUUCAAAGCUUUCAAUAUUUAAUAGCUUUGUUAAUUUUGAUGGGUUCCGUGCUUGGCUUUGUUUGGAAGUCCAUGAUGAUGAUAUUAGAGAAGAUUAAGAGUUUCUUUAACAGAAUAUUUCAAUGGAGUUACCUGAGAAUUAUUUGGUCCUAUUCACUGACAAACAGUAUGACAAAUACACCAGUAAUGAGUGAUACCCCACAUGAAAAUGAUUCUGAUGUUCGUAUUUUGACAUUGAACAAAGGAGAACAUCUAGAUAGCAUUUUAUACAGAAUUAAAAAAGGAUGGACAGUAGAAUUUCGUCUUGGACCUUCAUUAUUUGGGAAAACUAUCAACAUAUUUACCAAUCAUCCAUCAUCUUCGGAGAAUGUAUUCGAACGAGACACGUAUUAUCAAUUACCAUGGUGUAACGAAGUAGCAGUUCUUAAAGUGAAAAGAGCUGGUUCAUUCCACUAUUACAUUACAGAUGCAAAAGAGAAGAAUGAUUCAAAAGCUAUAUCAUCAGGAUAUCUUCUGGUUGAACCGGAGUUACGUGUAGGUGUGCCCGAAAUGAUUUUACCGCUAGACUGCAUUCAAUGUCAAACAGUUUUAUCGAAAUGUUUGGGACCUUUUUCUACAUGGGAAGAAAAAUUACAAGUAUCUCGUAAUUCUGGAUAUAACAUGAUUCAUUUUACGCCAAUCCAAGAACUCGGUGGGUCUCAAUCAGCCUACAGUUUGAGUGAUCAGUUAAAAAUAAAUUCAUCAUUUUACGAUGACAAACAGCAACCUGUUACGUUUACUGAUGUAGAGAAACUGAUAAAAAAACUACGACAAGAGUGGAAUAUGCUAUCAAUAUGUGAUAUUGUUCUUAAUCAUACAGCUAAUGAAAGCUCAUUUUUGGUUUCACAUCCUGAAUGUACUUACAACUGUCUCAAUUCUCCUCAUCUUCGACCAGCUUAUCUUUUAGAUGCUACACUAUUUGAGUUAACCUUAGAAAUAGCUGCUGGUAAAUGGGAGUUAAAAGGUAUUCCAUGUGUCGUGGAAACAGAAGAUCAUCUAAAUGCUAUACGGCAUGCUCUUCAUACUCAUUUUCUACCUUUAGUUAAAAUUCAUGAACUUUACUCACUUGAUGUCAAUGAAGUGAUUGGAGAUUUCUUGAAUUUGGCACGUACCCAAAUGCCACAAGAUGCAAUACCAAUUCAAGAAAAAUCAAUAGUUAUAAUACAAGAUCCACAAUUUCGUCGAUUGAAAUCAACAGUCGAUAUGAAUCUGGCUUUACAAUUAUAUAAUAUUUAUCGGCCUGACUGUUUUGAUGAAGAAACACGCUUAAAACGUUGUGCUGAAGAGUUUCGUAAAUGUAUUCAAGAGCUCAACGAUUCAAUUAUAGGUACAGUUCAAAACCAUUUAAAUGCUGCAAUUGAAAAUACUAUUGCUUCGAUUCGUUAUUUUAGAGUGCAAUCUGAUGGCCCUCAACUGAAAGAAGUUAGUGCACGAAAUCCAUUAGUUCCUAGAUAUUUUACAGAUUAUGGAACACCAGAUUCACUUUUGGAAAGAGAAUCAAUUAUCUACUCUAACUCUGGAUGCUAUUUGAUGGCUCAUAAUGGCUGGGUAAUUAAUGGAGAUCCUUUAAAAAAUUUUGCUGAUCCUGAUUCGAAUAUUUAUCUAAGAAGAGAAUUGAUUGCCUGGGGUGAUAGCGUUAAAUUACGGUACGGUAAUAAACCUGAAGAUAAUCCAUUUCUUUGGCAGCAUAUGACUGAAUAUGUGGAACAAACGGUUAAAAUAUUUGAUGGAGUACGUUUAGAUAAUUGUCAUUCAACACCAAUACCUGUUGCUGAAUACUUAUUGGAUGUUGCUCGACGUAUUCGUCCUGAUUUAUAUGUCGUUGCUGAGCUUUUUACUAAUUCCGAUCAAAAGGAUAAUAUAUUUGUUAAUCGUCUAGGAAUUACUUCACUUAUUCGGGAAGCCAUGUCAGCGUGGGAUAGUCAUGAAGAAGGACGACUUAUAUACCGAUACGGCGGUGAACCAGUUGGAGCUUUCUUUCAACCACAAAAAAGACCACUUAUGCCUAGCAUUGCGCAUGCUCUUUUUAUGGACCAGACCCAUGAUAAUCCAAGUCCAGUUGAAAAACGUAGUGUUUAUGACUUACUUCCUUCAGCAGCAUUAGUAUCAAUGGCUUGUUGUGCUAGUGGAAGUAAUAGAGGAUAUGAUGAAUUAGUACCACAUCAUAUUCACGUUGUUGAUGAAACAAGGCAGUACACUGCAUGGACUGAUGAUGUAAAUUUACCAAAUUCAAAUUUUAAAUUUGUGAGUAAGUCAUCUGGAAUAAUUUCGGCAAAAAGAGCAUUCAAUGAUUUACAUAAUACUCUAGGUAAUCAAAACUUUAACCAGGUAUUUGUUGAUCAAAUAGACUCUGAUAUAGUUGCAGUAACUAGACAUUCGCCUAAAACACAUGAAAGUGUUAUAUUAGUUGCAUUCACUUCUUUUAAUCAUCCUGAAUCAAAUGUUCAAGAUUCAAAAAGAUAUAUUAAACCAUUAAGAGUUGAAGGUGUUGUUGAAGAAAUUAUUUUUGAAGCUCGAUUACUGCAUAAAAAUUCGGAUAAAAAUACAUCUGGUAGUUCUAUCAAUAAUCAUCAAAUGGAUGCUGAUUUUAUUAACGGCUUAGCUAAUUAUAUUGUUGAUAUUAAAGAACAUAUUCAAAUUCCAGAUUCUACAAUGGUAGAAAAAGUUGAUUCUGGAAACUUAAAAAUCACUCAAUUAAAUUUCAUCAAUUUUCAACCAGGAUCAGUUGUUGCACUCCGUGUUUCUCUUCAUGCCAAUAUUAAACCUGCUUUUGAAAAAUUAAAUGAUAUUCUUCGUUCUAUAACGGUUAAUAUUAAUUCGUCAGACUUAAAAUCCAUUAUAUCACAAAUGUCUCUAUCAGAUAUGAAUAAGGUAUUAUAUCGUUGUGAUCAAGAAGAACGCGAUGAAAGUAAUGGUCAAAUAGGUGUUUAUAAUAUUCCUGCUUACGGUCCACUUGUUUACGCUGGUCUUCAAGGUAUUAUGUCACUCCUUGCUGAUAUUCGUCCUAAUAAUGAUUUAGGCCAUCCCUUGUGUGUUAAUUUAAGAGAAGGCAACUGGUUAAUAGAUUAUAUUUGGCAACGUUUGCAAAACUAUCCAGAAACAUUAGAACUCGGUAAAUGGUUUGCUAAAAUUUCUGAACCAUUUACAUUAAUUCCAAGAUAUUUGGUACCCAGUUAUUUUGACACCAUUAUUACCAAUGUUUAUAUGGCUCUGAUAGACCAUUGUUAUACAAAAAUGUCUAAAUUUGUUCAAGAUGGAUCAUAUUUUAUUAAAUUACUUUCAUUAGCUUCUUUACAAGUCAAUGGUGUUAUAAAAUCAGCCCAACUCCCUGAAAUGUCACCAAAUUUGGCACCGCCACGACCAAAAGUCAUAAUAAAAGAUGGUGUUAAAGAGCAAAUAUGCACGACUAUAUCAGCUGGCUUACCCCAUUUUGCUGUUGGAUACAUGAGAAAUUGGGGAAGAGAUACGUUUAUUGCUCUUCGUGGUGUCCUAUUGUUAACUGGAAGAUAUGAAGAAGCAAGAUUCAUUAUUCUUGGAUUCGCUGCUACUCUUAGACAUGGAUUAAUUCCAAAUCUCCUCGAUAAAGGAGCCAAUGCUCGAUUUAAUUGCCGAGAUGCUGUUUGGUGGUGGUUAUAUACAAUUCAAUGUUAUAUUCAAUAUGUUCCCGAUGGAAUCAAAAUAUUGUCUGAUAAAGUAUCAAGACUCUUUCCUACUGACGAUUCACCAGCAUUAUCACCUGGCAAAGUUGAUCAACCUCUUCAUGAUGUUAUUCAAGAGGCAUUGAGUGUACAUUUUCAAGGUUUAUGUUUCCGAGAACGAAAUGCUGGUAAACAGAUUGAUGAACACAUGACAGAUCGUGGUUUUAAUAAUCAAAUAGGAGUAAAUCCAGAAACCGGGUUUGUUUUUGGUGGAAAUGAUGCUAAUUGUGGAACUUGGAUGGACAAAAUGGGAUCAUCGGAAAAAGCUGGAAAUAAAGGAAAACCAGCGACACCACGAGAUGGUUCAGCUAUUGAAAUAGUUGGUCUUAGUAAAUCUAUUUUAACUUUCUUGGCCGAAUUAUAUAAACAAAAUCUCUUUCCUUAUGGAAGUGUAAAACGGCAUAAUCGUGAUGGUACAAUGGUAACGUGGAGUUAUAAGCAGUGGGCAGAUAAAAUAACAGCUAAUUUUGAAAGAUGUUUUUAUGUUAAUCAAACACCAACAAAAGGUGAAAUGAAUCCUGAAUUGAUUCACAGACGAGGAAUUUAUAAAGAUAGUUAUGGAGCAUCACAAUCCUGGGCAGAUUAUCAACUUAGACCAAAUUUUCCUAUAGCUAUGGUUGUAGCACCAGAGCUCUUCAAUCCUAAUCAUGCUUGGUUAGCACUAAAACAAGCAGAAGAAAUAUUACUUGGCCCUUUAGGAAUGAAAACUCUAGACCCAGCAGAUUGGGCUUAUAAUGGUUAUUAUGAUAACUCCAAUGACUCAACAGAUGUUAAAGUUGCUCAUGGAUGGAACUAUCAUCAAGGUCCUGAGUGGGUUUGGCCUAUUGGAUACUUUUUACGAGCACGUCUUUAUUUUGCUAAGAUAUUAGAUAAUUCAAAAGAAUUAGAACGUACUAUUCAAUCUACAGAGGCCAUUAUUUCUAAACAUUUUGUAGAAGCAUCAACAAAUCACUGGCGAGGUCUUCCAGAGUUAACUAAUAAAGAUGGUGAAUAUUGUAAAGACAGUUGUCGUACUCAAGCUUGGAGUAUAUCUUCAAUAUUAGAGGUUCUACAUGAACUUGAAACAUUAAAAUCUCAAAUAUUAUCAAAAAAUAGUGAACUUAUUAACUGAUACGAUUUUGCGUGUGUUCAUCACUCU